AUGUGCCUCGAGGCUAAUGAUAUGCCGUUGCUACUAUUCGAGAAACUUGUAGACUCGGUGGCAGAUGUCCUGGCAGGAUCGCUCGAGUAUUCGUGGAUGGGUGCCGAGGGAGACGACACCCAGUUCCAUCUCCAAGCUCAAAAUCACCAGGAACACCACCGGCAACAACAGCAACAGCAGAUGUGGAUGGAACAAUCGGCCCCUUUGGAAGCUCUCGAGUCAGCAUUCGACCGCGCAGGUGGACGCCGGCGACACUUCAAGACCUCAUCCACAAAGUCCAAGACCAACAGCAACAACAGCAACACCCCAAAGAACUGUGAUAAACUUCGCUUCGUCGCAGAAGAUACCUGGGAAUCCAUCCUCUUGGAAAUGGGUCGAGUCCUCCAAGCCAACAACCUCUUCCUCCCGACAUUGUUGCCCCUUUCCAAAGUCUUGACCGAACCCUUGGAGGAAGAAGACAAGUCUGAGAUGCCCCGUCUGAUGCGUUUGCUCGAGAUGGGUCUUGUUGCCUUCCAUCAUGUCGCUGGAGUGAUUCCUGAAGGGACAAAGACACAAUUGGAGACCAUCCUCCAAGGAACCACGACGUUGCAGCGUCAAUUGGUGGAGCUGUUCAAGUGCCAGAAUAGGAUUUGGACCCCUGAGCUUGCAGCCAAGGCGGUCUCUCGGCGUAGUUGUGUGGCUGUGGGGAUCUUUUAUGACGACUACUUUGAGCAGCUCCGGAGGGUUAUGGGAGAUGCCCAGUCCGGGUUCAGUGAGAACAAGCUUAUCAAGGAAGCGUUCUCGAAACUCAAGUUCCAGUCUGAGGGAAUCUACUUGACACAGCAGGGUGCCUGUAAGGCAGUGGAUGCAGUUGAGAGGGAAGAUUCGAUGGACGAGUUGGUAGAAUUGGUGGCUCUUUUGAGGUUGACGCUUGCGGCGGGGGAUGCGUUGCAGGCUUGUCAGGUCAGUUUGCAGAGGAGUGUCGUAAAGGCACAGGCGAGGGCUGGGUCGGUCUCGGACUUGGAGCAGGUGAUCUAUGGGCUUUUGGCGAUGGGUGGGCGACGACAGGACCCGACUUCUUCUCCCAUGGGAAGAGGAGGAGGAGGAGGAGGUUCGAAGGAAGGGGUUGUGGCGCGGUGUCAUGAGGCGUUUGCUGAGGCGGCGGAUAUGGUGGACUCUAUUCUGUCGAUCCCUAUCGUGAAAGGAGGGGAUGCGCCUGCCGGAUCGGUGUUCUUGCAUCGAUUGCUGACAAAGGAUGUGGAUCGGAUUAGAGAGUGGAUCCAGAAGGCCUGGAAGUCGAUCGACCAACAUUCUGCAAGCGACGGAGGUAAUGGUCGUGGUGGCGGUGAGUGGAGGCAGAUAGAGAUGGUUACGGCGUUGUUGAUCAAGAAUCUCAAGGAUGUCGAGUUGUCUGAGAGGGCCGACUCGGUUGUACAUGAGUUUCUGGGCCCCGCUCGGCGAUUGGAGGGCAAGAUCCGUAAGCUUGACGAGUGUAUCCUGUCAGUCGACCGUCAACACGGUUCUUCCAAGAUUGAAGCCGAAGCUGAAGCAGGGGAAGAAGGUGGUGGCAAAGACGAGGCUGCGAAAGGGACGCAGCUGCCGUGCGGAUUCCUGGCCGAACGCGGUCGAGAGACGAUGGCCCUAGCCAUAGGAGGGGCCACACUGACAAGACUAACAAAAUCCAGCGAUGAGAUGAAAGCGGCCUUGGAGAAGGUCGCAAAGGCAGCGGGUCUCUGGGAUGAGGCGCAUGAGAAUGUGAUCAAGAAGGUUGAGUGGAGUAAUAUGAAUGCGACUGCUGUUGGGGAGAUAACGGCGGCAUUGGACGGACUCGAGAGGGCGUAUGAGGGGCAGGUGAUUGGAGAUGAAUUGGAUGCCGAGUUGACGGAGCUGGUGCCCCUUGUUGUUGUCCAGAUCCGAGCGUUGCAAGCCUGUGCCAACGUCCAGCGAGCUACAUCUCCUUCUCCUUCACCUUCUGUGUAG